UGUUGGUCCUCAUUCCUCCAGCGGAGCAACGACGAGAACGGGAACUGCUCGGGGGAAAGCAUGGAGUUCCCCACCACCAACCUGUACGAGCUGGAGAGCCGGGUCUUCACCGACCACUGGUCCAUUCCGUACAAGAGGGAGGAGUCCCUGGGGAAGUGUCUCAUCGCGUCCACCUGCCUGGCCCGCCACGGUCUCGCUGACGCCGACGAGAACUGCAAGCGCUUCACGGACCGCUGCAUGCCGGAGGCCUUCAAGAAGCUGCUGACCAGCAGCGCCGUGCACAAGUGGGGCACCGAGAUCCACGAGGGCAUCUACAACAUGCUGAUGCUGCUGGUGGAGCUGGUGGCGGAGCGGGUGAAGCAAGACCCGGUGCCUGUGAACCUGAUGGGAGUCCUGACUACGGCCUUCAACCCGGAUAACGAGUACCACUUUAAGAACCGCAUGAAGGCCUGUCAGAGGAACUGGGCCGAGGUGUUUGGAGAGGAGGCCAACAUGUUCGCCGUCUCCCCGAGCAACGCCUAUCAGAAAGAGCCUCACGGCUGGCUGGUGGAUCUGGUGAACCGAUUCGGGGAGCUGGGAGGAUUCACGGCCAUCCAGGAGAAGCUCAACGCGGACGAAAUCGAGAUCGCUUGUGUGUCGGCUCUGGUUCAGCCCCUCGGAGUCGCUGCUGAAUAUCUGAACUCCAGCCUCGUCCAGCCCAUGCUUGACCCCGUUAUCCACAAGAUGAUCACAUACGUGCAGAACCUGGAGGAAAAGGACCUCAAAGACAAGCGGCUGGUGAGCAUCCCGGACCUGCUGUCGGCCAUCAAGCUGCUGUGCAUGCGCUUCCAGAGGGAGCUGGUCACCGUGGUGGACGACCUCCGGCUGGACACCCUGCUGAGGAUGCUCAAAACGCCCCACUUCUCCACCAAGAUGAACUCCCUCAAAGAGGUGACAAAGCUGAUCGAGGAGAGCACGGUGUCGAAGACGGUGAAGAACGCCAUCGACACGGAUAAGCUCCUGGACUGGCUGGUGGAGAACUCGGUCCUGUCAAUAGCACUGGAGGGUAACAUCGACCAGGCUCAGUACUGCGAGCGGAUCAAAGGAAUCAUCGAGCUGCUGGGCAGCAAACUGUCGCUGGACGAGCUCUCCAAGAUCUGGAAGAUCCAGGCGGGCCAGUCGUCCACUGUGAUAGAAAACAUCCACACCAUCGUCGCUGCUGCCGCCGUCAAGUUCAGCUUCGACCAGCUCACCCACCUCUUCGUCCUCAUCCAGAAGAGCUGGGAGGUGGAGAGCGACCGCGUGAGGCAGAAGCUGCUCAGCCUGAUCGGGAGGAUCGGCAGGGAGGCUCGCUCUGAAACCACCACGGGAAAGGUGCUGGAGGUGCUGUGGGAUCUGGCCCACCUCCCCAGUCUGCCCACCAGCCUGGUCCAGCAGGCGCUGGAGGAGCACCUGGGCAUCCUGAGCGACGCCUACGCCGUCAAGGAGGCGGUGAAGCGCGGCUACAUCAUCAAAUGCAUCGAGGACAUCAAGAAGACUCACUCUCAGGAGGACGCUGGAGGCAGCGACUCUCAGAGCUCUUUUCUUGCUGCCACUUGGGGCAAGAAGAAAGGGAACUCUGUGGCCAAAGCCUCUCAGCAGAGCAGUCCUCAGGCGGUCUGGGUGGUUCCUGCUCUCCGUCAGCUGCACGAGAUCACGCGUUCCUUCAUCAAGCAGACCUAUCAGAAGCAAGACAAGAGCAUCAUCCAGGACCUGAAGAAGAACUUUGAGAUCGUGAAGCUGAUCACGGGCUCCCUGGUGUGCUGCCAUCGGCUGGCCGUGACCGCGGCGGGAACCAACGGCCUCUCUGGCUCCACCCUGGUGGACGGGCGCUACACCUACCAGGAGUACCUGGACAGCCACCUGCGCUUCCUGGCCUUCUUCCUGCAGGAGGCCAGCCUCUACCUGCUGUGGAACCGGGCCAAGGAGCUGUGGGAGUGCCUGGUCUCCGGGCCGGACGUCUGCGAGCUCGACCGCGAGAUGUGUUUUGAGUGGUUCACCAAAGGACAACACGACCUGGAGAGCGACGUCCAGCAGCAGCUCUUCAAGGAGAAGAUCCUGAAGCUGGAGCCCUACGAGAUCACCAUGAACGGCUUCAAUCUGUUCAAGACCUUCUUUGAGAACGUUAAUCUGUGCGACCAUCGCCUCAAGCGCCAGGGAACCCAGCUGUGCGUGGAGCGCCUCGACCUGGCGGGGAUGGAUUUUAUCUGGCGCAUCGCUAUGGAAACCCCCGAUGAAGAGAUAGCCAACGAGGCGAUCCAGCUCAUCAUCACAUACAGCUACACCAACCUCAACCCCAAGAUGAAGAAGGACUCCGUCUCUUUGCACAAGAAGUUCAUCGCCGAUUGUUACAAGCGACUCGAGGCGGCCAGCUCGGCCCUCGGCGGACCCACUCUGACGCACGCCGUUACCCGGGCAACCAAGAUGCUGACUGCCACCGCCAUGCCGACGGUGGCCACGUCUGUGCAGUCACCAUCCAGGUACAGAGGGGGGUUUGGAUCCACCAAGCUGGUGAUCAUCGAGAGACUGCUGCUGCUGGCUGAGCGCUACGUCCUCACCAUCGAGGACUUGUACUCGGUCCCUCGCACUAUUCUACCUCACGGGGCCUCGUUCAACGGACACCCCGUCACCCUGCACGUCACCUACGAGUCAACCAAAGACACCUUCACCUUAGAGACCCACAGUAAUGAGACCAUAGCGAGCAUCCGCUGGAAGAUAUCGGAGCACCUGAGCUGUCCGGUGGACAACGUCCAGAUCUUUGCCAAUGACAGCGUGUUGACCAUGAACCGGGACCAGAAGCUGCUCUCCCAGCUGGGCUUCAGCGACGAGCAGACCCUGACCGUGAAGAGCUCGGGCACCGGCACUCCCUCCGGCAGCUCCGAGUCCUCGGCGUCGGCCUCCAGCAGCUCCAGCUCCGCCGUCUUCAACUCGGCCUACGCGCUGGAGCAGGAGAAGUCUCUGCCCGGAGUGGUGAUGGCUUUGGUGUGCAACGUGUUUGAGAUGCUCUACCAGCUGGCUAACCUCGACGAGACCAGGAUCACCCUCCGCGUGAGGAAGCUGCUGCUGCUGAUCCCAACAGAUCCUGAAGUGCAGGACGCGCUCGACAACUUCGUUCCCAAAGAAUCCAGCGUCUGGAGCCACCAGAAGACACUGUUCCAGGCCACAGGCUCUCGUUCCCCGUCCAUGUCCUCCAAGCAGCAGCACCAGCCAAGUGCUGCCUCCAUCCUGGAGUCCCUCUUCAGGUCCUCGGCCCCGGGCAUGUCCACCUUCAGAGUGCUGUACAACCUGGAGGUGCUGAGCUCGAAGCUCAUGCCCACGUCGGACGAUGAGAUGGCGAAAACCAGCAGCAAGUCGUUCUGUGAGAACUUCCUCAAAGCCGGAGGCCUCAGUCUGGUGGUGAAUGUGAUGCAGAGAGACUCCAUCCCCUCUGAGGUCGACUACGAGACCAGACAGGGAGUCUACUCCAUCUGCCUUCAGCUGGCCAGGUUCCUUCUGGUUGGCCAGAGCAUGCCUUCGGUGCUGGACGAUGAUGUCAUCAGGGACGGCGAGUCGCUGUCCUCCCGUCCGUUCCGUAACGCCGGGCGGGCGGGGCGACAGCUUUCUCUGUGCGGGACUCCGGAGAAAUCGUCCUACAGGCAGAUGUCUCUGUCCGAGCGCUCCUCCAUCAGGGUGGAGGAGAUCGUCCCGGCAGCCCGCGUCGCCAUUCAGACCAUGGAGGUGGGCGACUUCACCUCCACCGUGGCCUGCUUCAUGCGCCUCACCUGGGCCGCUGCAGCCGGCCGCUUGGACCUGGUCGGCAGCCCUCAGCCAAUCAGAGAGAGCCACGGCUCCCUCCUGCCACAGGGGGUCCGAACCAGAGUCAGCAGUACAGGGAGUAACUGCAGCUCCAGCAGUGAGGGGGAGAACACGCCAACAGCGCUGCAUGCUGGGAUAUGUGUGAGACAGCAGUGCGUUUCCAUCAAAGACACCAUCAUCGCCCGGGAAGCUCUGUCACUGCUGGUCACAUGUCUGCAGCUACGCUGCCAGCAGCUGUGUUCUUUUUACAACCUUCCCUCCGUCAACGAUUUCAUCAUCGAUGUUCUGCUGGGGUCUCCCAGCGGAGAGAUCCGCCGCGUGGCGUGUGACCAGCUCUACACGCUGAGCCAGACGGACACCUCGGCCUUCAACGAAGUCCAGAAGCCCAACUUGUUCCUCAUCUCGGUGGUCCUCACCGCCCAGCUGCCGCUGUGGAGUCCUACUUCCAUCAUGAGAGGGGUCAACCAGAGGUUGCUGUCCCAAUGCACCGAGUACUUUGACCUGAGAUGCCAGCUGCUGGACGACCUGACGACCUCGGAGAUGGAGGUGCUGAAGGUGAGCGCUGCCACCAUGUUGGAGGACGAGAUCUCCUGGCUCGACAACUUCGAGCCCAGCUGGAGCUCUGAGAUGGAGACCAGCGAGGCGGACAACAUCCUCCUGGCGGGACACCUGCGGCUCAUCAAGACGCUGCUCUCCCUCUGCGGCAGCGACAAGGAGCACCUGGGUGCAUCUCUCAUCCAGCAGCUGUUGGACGACUUCCUGUUUCGAGCCUCGCGCAUCAUCAUCAACAGUUCGAACCCGACGCCGUCGCCGGCCCCCAGCCACGACUUCCACCCGAAGUACGACACGUGCAGCACGGCCAGCAGCAGGCUGGCGGCCUACGAGGUGCUGGUGAUGCUGGCCGACAGCUCGCUGUCCAACCUGCGGCUCAUCACCAAAGAGCUCAUGUCCAUGCACCACCAGUCGGACCCGUCCCUCUGCAAGGAGUUCGACUACCUCCCCCCCGUGGAGAGCCGGUCCGUCUCAGGCUUUGUGGGGUUGAAGAACGGCGGAGCCACGUGCUACAUGAACGCUGUGUUUCAGCAGCUCUACAUGCAGCCCGGCCUUCCAGAGGCCUUCCUGUCCAUCGAGGACGACACGGAUCAGCCGGAGGAGAGCGUCUUCUACCAGGUCCAGUCUCUGUUCGGCCACCUGAUGGAGAGCAAGCUGCAGUACUACAUCCCAGAGAACUUCUGGAAGAUCUUCAAGAUGUGGAACAAGGAGUUGUACGUGAGGGAGCAGCAGGAUGCUUACGAGUUCUUCACCAGCCUGGUGGACCAGCUGGACGAGCAUCUCAAGAAAAUGGGUCGGGAGCAGAUCUUCAAAAACACGUUUCAGGGAAUCUUCUCCGACCAGAAGAUCUGUAAAGACUGUCCUCACCGGUACGAGCGAGAAGAAACCUUCAUGGCGUUGAACCUCGGCGUGACGUCCUGCCAAAGCCUGGAGAUCUCCCUGGACCAGUUUGUGAGGGGCGAGGUGCUGGAGGGCAGCAACGCCUACUACUGCGAGAAGUGCAAGGAGAAGAGAACCACGGUGAAGAGGACCUGCAUCAAGUCCCUGCCCAGCGUCCUCUGCAUCCACCUCAUGCGCUUCGGCUUCGACUGGGAGAGCGGGCGCUCCAUCAAAUACGACGAGCAGAUCCGGUUCCCCUGGGUGCUGAACAUGGAGCCCUACACCGUCUCCGGGAUGGCCCGUCAGGACUGCAGCGGAGAGGGCGGCGAGGGGCGCGGCGAGGGGCCCUCGGGGGGCUCGCCCAGGAAGAAGGUCACCAUCUCUGAGAAUUACGAGCUGGUGGGGGUCGUGGUCCACAGCGGGCAGGCGCACGCCGGCCACUACUACUCCUUCAUCAAGGACAGACGCGGCAGCGCUCGGGGACGUUGGUACAAGUUCAACGACAACGUGGUGGAGGAGUUCGACAUGAACGACGAAACCCUGGAGUACGAGUGCUUUGGUGGAGAGUACCGCCCCAAAGUCUACGACCAAUCCAAUCCGUACCCCGACGUGCGGAGAAGGUACUGGAACGCCUACAUGUUGUUCUAUCAGAAGAUCAGCGACCAGAACUCGCCCGUCCUGCCCAAGAAGAGCCGAGUGAGCAUCAUGAGGCAGGAGGCCGAGGACCUGACCCUGUCUGCCCCCUCCUCCCCCGACGUGUCCCCCCAGUCCUCCCCCCGGCCCCCCCGGGCCAACAACGACCGCCUCACCCUCCUCACCCGCCUGGUCCGCAAGGGGGAGAAGAAGGGUCUGUUUGUGGAGAAGAUGCCCGCCAGCAUCUAUCAGAUGGUGAGAGACGAGAACCUGAAGUUCAUGAAGAACCGAGACGUCUACAACAGCGACUACUUCAACUUCACGCUCUCUCUGGCCUCCGUCAACGCGACAAAGCUGAAGCAUCCCGACUACCAGCCGAUGGCCAAAGAGAGCCUCCGGCUGGCCGUGCACUUCCUGUUCCACACCUACCUGCACACCAAGAAGAAGCUCCGGGUGGACACGGAGGAGUGGAUGGCGACGGUGGAGGUGCUGCUGUCUAAGAGCCGCGAGGCGUGUCAGUGGAUGGUUCAGUACCUGGUGGGACCGGAGGGCCGCGAGAUCACCAGGGUGUGCCUGCUGGAGUGCAGCGUGCGGGAGGUGCGGGUGGUGGUGGCCUCCGUCCUGGAGAAGACCCUGGAGAGCGCCCUCCACUUCGGGGACCCGGGGGUGGACGACCUGACGGACACGCUGCUCUCGCUGCUGGACAAAGACGUCCCGGAGAACGUGAAGAACUGCGCGCAGUACUUCGGCCUCUUCAGCAGCUUCGCCCAGCAGGGGUGCGGCUCGUGUCAGCUGCUGCUGAAGCACUCUGCGUACCGCCGGAUGCUCGUCUUCCUGCUGGGACCAAACCGGCAGAACAACCAGAACCGGCGGUGGAGUCCGGCUCAGGCUCGUGAGUUCCUCCACCUCCACAGCGCUCUGGCCCUCAUCACGCUGCACUGCGACCUCAACCCCCAGCGGACGGAGGGUGAGCGCUCUCGCAUUCCUUUUUAA